UUCAGCUCCUUAGUCUUUCAUCUUUAUUUAGGUUGCUGUCCCCGUUCUCUAGCUCCCUUCAGACAGCUAUCCCACAGCAGGAGUGGAGGCUUCUUGCAGGACAAAAAGUUCUCAAUUCAAGUAUAGAUACAGAGAACUGGCUUUUAAGUACUGUUCUCUUAUUCUUUACUGUCGGACAAGAGGAGGACUGAGGUUGGCGACUGAAACACCUCCCCAGGCAACUUCUUCACCAUCAUGGAGAUGGAGAUGGAGAAGCUAGAGAAGCGCUACUGCAUCCACGGAAAGCAUGUGGCCAUCAUCUGCACAGUGGUGGUGGUCUGCUCUCUUGCAGUGGGCUUGGGUGUGGGCCUCAACAAGUCUGGUUCGGGAACACAACCUAAUGAGGAUACCCCAACCCCCUCAAUACCCCCUGUGGACUAUGGACCCUGCCAGGCCUCCAGUGAUACCAAUGGAGAGUGGACAAAUUUCAGACUUCCCGAUUACAUUACACCAAUCCACUAUGACCUCAACUUGGAGCCUGACUUGGACACAUACAUCUACACUGGAACUGUCUCAAUCCACCUGAAGGUUUCCAAACCCACUCAGUACUUAUGGCUCCAUAUACGGGAGACAUUUGUCAGCAGCUCACCUAAACUCCAGAAGAAUAAUGGGGGCAGCCUGCAUGAUGUUGCUCUAAAUGGUUGUUUUCAGUAUAAGCCUCAGGAGUAUGUGGUGGUAGAGGCAAGAGAGCUGCUACCAACUACCGGUCCUGCUGAGUUUUAUGUGCUAACACUGGACUUCCAAGGCUGGCUCAAUGGAUCCCUGGUGGGAUUCUAUGCAACUACCUACCAAGAGAAUGGGCAGACUAAAAAAAUCGCUGCCACAGACCAUGAGCCAACAGAUGCACGCAAGUCUUUUCCCUGCUUUGAUGAGCCAAAUAAGAAGGCCACUUUCAAAAUAUCCAUCACCCAUGACAGUGCCUACAAAGCGCUCUCAAAUAUGCCCGUAGAGGGAAGGAAAGAACUCUCUAGAAACAAGAGCAAAACGUCUUUUCAACUGUCAGUACCAAUGAGCACAUAUCUGGUCUGUUUUGCUGUGCACCAGUUUGAAUACGUGGAAAGAAUAUCUUCACGUGGAGUACCACUACGGAUCUACGUGCAGCCCUUGCAAAUCCAUACAGCAGAAUAUGCCGCCAACACCACAAAGAAGAUAUUUGACUACUUUGAGACCUACUUCAACAUGAAUUACUCCAUAAGCAAACUAGACAAGAUUGCCAUCCCUGACUUUGGCACAGGAGCCAUGGAGAACUGGGGGCUGAUCACCUACAGGGAGAACAACCUGUUAUAUGAUGAGAAUGAGUCAUCCUCCUACAACAAGCAGCGUGUGGCCAGUGUCAUCUCCCAUGAGCUGGUCCAUCAGUGGUUUGGCAACAUUGUGACAAUGGACUGGUGGGAUGACCUGUGGCUCAAUGAGGGGUUUGCCAGCUUCUUUGAGUAUGUGGGUGUGAAUGAGGCUGAGCCAACAUGGAACAUGCGUGACAUCAUACUCAUCAAUGAUGUGUUACCAGUCAUGGUAAAUGAUGCCAUGCUCUCUUCUCAUCCCAUUAUUGUUAAUGUGUCAUCCCCAGCUGAAAUCACAUCUGUGUUUGACAGCAUAUCUUACAGCAAGGGGGCGUCUAUCUUGAGGAUGCUAGAAGAUUUAAUGGGGCAGGAAACCUUUAGAGAUGGGUGUCGUAAAUAUCUGAAACAUUUCCACUUUCAGAAUGCAAAAACAUCUGAUUUCUGGGAUUCAUUACAGGAAGUGAGUGGACUGCCUGUAGCAGACAUAAUGGACACCUGGACCAAACAGAUGGGAUACCCGGUGUUGGAUUUGUCCAUGACUGCACCGCUGGCAAAACUUGCGCAAAAGCGCUUCUUGCUGGACCCCAAUGCUGACCCCUCCAAGCCAAGUGUCCCACUGAACUACAAGUGGACUAUUCCUGUUCAGUGGUACUCUGUGGGCACUAAUAAUAGCAACACCAUUAUCUUUGAAAAGGAACAGACAGAGGUGACUUUACAUUAUGAUACCAAUAGUAUGGAUGGACUAUUGCAAGUGAACAAAAAUCACCUAGGAUUCUACAGGGUCAAUCAUGAUUCUAGCAUAUGGGUCAAAAUUAGCCAGCAUCUCCUUGACAAUCAUUUGGCUUUCACUGCUGCCGAUCGCUGUGGAUACAUAGAUGAUGUUUUUGCUCUGGGACAGGCUGAUAUGGUAGAUUAUGGAAGUGCUUUCGAAGUGACCAAAUACCUUAACAGAGAGAAACAGUACAUUGUCUGGGCACGGGUGGCAGCCUCGAUCUCAUACCUGCAAGAUAUGCUCAUGGAUGACAGUACAAUUUAUCCCAAAUUCCAGAAAUAUUUCCGUGACAAAGUCCAGAACAUCUCCAAGGAGCUUGGCUGGACUGACACAGGAGACCAAACCACAAGGCUACUGCGAGAGACGGUGCAGGGAAUUGCCUGCUCAACGGAGGAUCAAGAAGCACUUCAGAAGGCUUCUGAUGUGUUCAGCCAGUGGGUCAAUGGCACCAGUGUGGCUGUCAACCUCCGUCUGCUGGUUUACCGCUAUGGCAUGAAGAACGUGAAAAACGAGGACUCAUGGAAUACAAUGUUUGACCACUACCAGAAGGCCACUCUGGCUCAGGAGAAAGACAAGCUUCUUUAUGGACUAGCAUCAGUAGAAAAUGUUUCACUGCUCAACCGGUUACUGGAAGCAGCGAAGGAUGAGCAGGUCGUCAGAAGCCAGGAUGUUUUCACACUCAUCAGAUACGUUUCCGCUAACAAAUUUGGAAAGAACAUGGCUUGGAUCUGGGUCACACUCAACUGGGAAUACCUUGUCAGCAGGUUCACCAUUAAUGACAGGAACCUCGGGCGUCUGAUGACCCAGAUCACCUCUACAUACAACACAGACCUACAGUUGUGGCAGAUGCAGCAGUUCUUUGCGCGAUACCCUGAGGCAGGGGCUGGUGAGACCCCCAGAAAGCAGGCCUUGGAGACUGUGCUGAAUAACAUAGACUGGGUGAAGAGGAACAAAGCUGAGAUUGGCCAAUGGCUGGAGAAAAAUGUUCCAUAUUAACCACAGCUGGGAUAGUUUCUACCAUAGGUUAAUAUCAGAUUUCAUAUACAAUGUAUUAAAUAUCAACUUUAAUCACAGUGUGUUUUCAAUACAUAUUUGAUUUUGGGGGGUGGGUGGGUCAUGCAAUCAAAGGCUAAUAAUGACUUCAGUACGUGUUUGAACCUGUUCUCAAAGUGAUGUUUUGUAGCCACAGUAGUAUGUGUUUGCACUUUCAAUAAAUUGUAUUUGUGUUUCCUUCUCUUACAUCUGUUUUUGAUUGCCAGGCAACUGCUGCAUGACAGUAUAAUAAACCCUUCACCUGUAAUGC